AUGCAACCCACACGCACCCAAACACGACCCAACACCAAGAUGUGGGCCAUCGUCGCGCGCCGCUGCAGAGGACAGGACGGAGGGAUGGGUGAGGCUCAGUCUCGGUCCGUGAUGCUUCAACACCAGGAUCCUCUGGACUCUCUGAGAAACAGGAAGUGCCAGGACCAAGAUGGAAACUCCAACUUCCUGUCCACCACCUCUUCCUCCAAAGACGACGAGAACCGGAACCAGAUCCGCCCUCGAAGCUUGGUCCCUGUGGGUCGCGAGCCUCCCCCCUCUUCCCCCCCUUUCACCGUGCUCUCCCCGCGAGCACGCAUCCCCUGCUGGUCUACACUCGAGCCGCUACCAGAAGUGGAGGCGGCGGACGAUGGUUACGGUCGCGUUCCACCAGAUGGCGCUGAGGAGGGGAGGCUCCUGCAGGAGGAAGGGGAAGAGGCGAGACUCAUGAUGCAGCAGUACGAGGAGAAGCAGAGACAGAAGGUCCAGAAGGAGCAGGAGGAGCUGGAGGAGCAGGACGAGUGGGGAGGUGACAGUGGGUCGGACUCAGGAAGCAUGGCGUCUCUGCAGAUAGAGGGCGCUGAUGAGAGCGCAAUGGAGAGAUGGGACCGAGUCGGAGUUGGAGCCACACGCUCCAGUCUGGAGAAGAGGAGGUCUACCAGCUACAGCCUUGACCAUGAUGAAGAGCAGUCGUCGGACUCGGACGGGGAGCAAGGCGAGCUCAUGGACGCCGUGUGGACGUUGAGGGACCGUGAACGCUUCAAGGCUCAGGAGAUGGAGCGGCACCAGACGCAGCUAACCAUGUACCGCCGCCUGGCGUUGAUCCGCUGGGUGCGCGCUCUGCAGAGCCGUGUGCAGGACCAGCAGCAGCGCCUCCAGGGCAGCUUCGACCUCAUCCUCACACACCGCAAAGAGCUGCUGCGAGCCGGCGCCACCGUCUCCGUGGCAACUGCCGCCAACGCCACAGUGACGGCGGCGCAGGCUUGA